UCACCUUCUCCAUAUUCCAAAUGCCCCCUCUUUCAUUGGCCUCAAAACCAAUCCAAUUAUCCCUUCCAUUAUCAUCACCUCUAACCAAAAAAAAAAAACUCUCCUUUCUUCCUCCCAUUUCUCCUUUUUCAAGUCACAGGAUUCGAGCUCAAGGAACAUUGAGUGACACUGAGACCAUUAUUGCAGGCAGCUGAGAGUGGACAUUUUGAGCAGCUGCCAGAACCAAAGAGAUGGAAGUUUGCAGACCCCUGAAAUCAGAUGAUAAAUUGAAGCACCGCCCUUUGACUCCUUACAGGUUUUUCAGGGGUCUGAUAUGUUUAAUUGUGUUCCUCUCCACUGCUUUCAUGUUGCUCGCGUAUUUAGGACCCGGUGCCGUCCUGUUGCGAUAUCUCAGCAUACAUUACAGUCGAAAAGCAACGUCCUUCUUCUUCGGCCUAUGGCUAUCAAUGUGGCCCUUUCUCUUUGAGAAAAUAAAUGGGACUAAAGUGGUCUUCUCUGGGGACAAUGUUCCACAAAAGGAACGUGUCUUAAUUAUUGUUAAUCACAGAACUGAAGUUGAUUGGAUGUACCUGUGGGAUCUUGCAAUGCGAAAAGGGUGCUUGGGCUACAUCAAAUAUAUUCUUAAGAGCAGCCUGUUGAAGUUACCCGUUCUUGGUUGGGCAUUUCACAUCUUGGAGUUCAUUUCUGUUGAUAGAAAGUGGGAAACUGAUGAAACUAUCAUGCACCAAAUGCUUUCGACUUUUAAGAAUCCUCGAGAUCCUUUGUGGCUGGCUCUUUUCCCCGAAGGAACCGAUUUUACUGAAAAAAAAUGCAUGAAGAGUCGAGAAUAUGCAACUGAAGUUGGUCUGCCGGUGCUGACGAAUGUGCUGCUACCGAAAACAAGGGGGUUCUGCCUUUGCUUAGAAACACUUAGGGGCUCUUUUGAUGCAGUAUAUGAUUUGACUAUUGCGUACAAGCAUCAAUGCCCCUUCUUUGUCGACAACGUAUUCGGAGUCGAUCCUUCGGAGGUUCACAUACAUGUACAACGUAUCCCCGUUAACGAGAUCCCGACAUCGAGUGCAGAGGCCGCGGCUUGGUUAAUCGAUAGGUUCGAGAUAAAGGACCGAUUACUCUCGGAUUUCAAAUCUCAGGGCCAUUUCCAUCAGCAAGGAGAAGAAGAAGAAGUGUCUACACUGAAGUCUUUACUAAACUUUGGAGUGAUAAUUGCGUUGACAGGCAUAUUCACUUGCCUAACAUUUAGCUUCAGGCUGUGUAAGAUACAUGUAGGCUUAGCUUGUUUAUAUCUUACUUGCAUUACUCAUUACAAAACUCUCCCCAAUCCAAUUCUAAGCUCUGUUAAAUGUCACCCUUGUGAUAAGGGAGAGGGAAAUAAAGAUGAAUAACUUUCUCUUAUGAU